AUGAUACUGUGCACGGCGAUCAACCACUGUCUUUGCGACGGCACCGGCGCAUCCCAAUUCCUACACGAUUGGGCCUGUCUCACUAGAGAUCCCAACACUGAAUUACCAGUCACACCCUUCCACGGGCGACACGUGUUGAAUCCUCGAGACCCUCCCCAGGUGCACUUCACCCACGCGGGAUACACCAGAACAAACCCUGCGUCUCAUCAAGUGGACCUGCACGAUUGGAUGGUGCACUCGCAGCCGCUGGUCGUCACGUCAUUCACAUUCGGAACCUCCGAGGUGCUUCUGUUGAAGAAACAGUGUUUGUCGUGGCCGAAGCCCAUCACCACCUUCGAAAGCGUGGCGGCACACACGUGGCGUGCGUGGGUUAAAUCAAUGAAUCUCUCCCCCACGAUAACAGUUAAACUCAUUUUCACCGUUAACGUUAGGAAAAAGGUUAACCUCCCAGAAGGGUAUUAUGGGAACGGGUUUGUUCUGGCAUGCGCAGAGAGCACAGUGAGAGAUUUAACAACAGUUGAAAAUGAUGAUGGCGAUGAUAUCAGUCACGGUUUGAAAGCGUUGCAACAAGCUAAGGCUAUUUUGGAGGAGAAAGGGUAUAUAAGGUCGAUGGUUGAUUUGUUGGAGGACAAAACGGUGCGUGUUGAUCUUUCGACGAGUUUGGUUAUAUCGCAAUGGUCAAGACUAGGGUUGGAGGACGUGGAUUUCGGAUUAGGAAAACCCUUGUUUAUGGGUCCUUUAUCAAGCUAUGUUCAUUGUUUGUUUUUACCGGUGGUUGGAGAUUCUAAUGCAGUCAGAGUGCUCGUGUCUGUUCCUGAAAGUGUUGUGGGAAGUUUUCGUUACCACAUGCUCGUGAAAGACGGUUGGAAAAAACAAGAGAAUGAUGGUUAGAGGCCAAAAU